AUGCUUUUUGAAGUGAAUUUUGAUGAGUACUCAAUGCAUUCCGUUUCGCAAAGCAACUCUCCGUCGACGUCUUUCACGCAAAAGCCGACUCCGACUCCGACUUUCGAGUUUCAAUUGCCGAAAUUCUCUCUGCAAAUGGACACAACACUAAAUGUUGAACAACCCCUUCGACGAGUCCCAUCAGCUCCUCUCCUCAGCCUCAGCCCAUCAACCCCAUCAUUCCAACCUCCAUCCACUUUAUUCAACAACAAACAUCACCGUGCCUCAUCCGAGUCUCCUCUUUCGUCUAUCGUAACCAAAAAGCUGUCGCAAGUGUCGACAAAUCUCUUCCAAAACGUUUCCACCAGUUUCCUCAAUUUGACUCAAUUCAAUUUG